CUCCCUGUAGAUGGCGCGCCGCUCGUCCCCCACAGACGUCAACACUCUCAGGCUCCACAUGGCACAGCGGCGCGUGGCCCUCAUGGCACUGAGCUGACCAGAGGCAUUGUCAGGAGGCACACAGGAGUCCCUCAGAGCCACAUAACUGAACUUGAGAGUCUCCGCGUGAGUCACAGACGAGCCGUGAGGACACAAGUCUGCAGGCUGUCACAAUGUUCCAGUUGGCAGAGAUCCGUCACAUGGUGCGCAUCCCUCCAUGGCUCUUUGGCCAGACCCUGAAUGAUGCUGUUAUAGAAGAACUCAACCGCAAACUAGCAAACAAGGUAGUGCUUAACGUGGGCCUCUGCAUCGCCCUGUUUGACAUCACUUCUCUGGGGGACUCAUACAUAUUUCCGGGGGACGGCGCCUCCCACACUCGCGUCACCUUCAGAUAUGUGGUGUUUCGUCCCUUCCUGGAGGAAAUCCUGGAGGGUGUCAUAAAGUCUGCCAAUUCUGAUGGCAUGCAAGUGAGCCUUGGGUUCUAUGAUGACAUCUACAUCAGAAGGGACUCCAUGAUGGCCAACUCACACUUUGACGAAACUGACCAGACGUGGGUGUGGGAUUACGAGACGGAAGAUGACACUCACCAUCUCUUCAUGGAUGUUGGAGGAAAGAUCCGGUUCAAGGUCGUUGCUGAACAGUUUGUGGACACAACACCAGCUGGGCCAAACCUGGCCGCUGGAGACAGUGCUGUGGCAGACCGAAAGGAGGGUAAAGUGCCAUAUAUUGUAUAUGGUGCCAUCAAUGACCAGGGGCUUGGACUGGUAUCAUGGUGGACAAACGCAGAGGGAGGUCCAGAGGAGGAGGAGGAGGAAGAGGAGGAGGCAGAGGAGGGAGAAGAGGUAGAAGAGGCCCUAUGACCUCAGAGUGCCUGGGGAACCAGCCUCUCCAGAAUGGAAGCAGGGCAGCAUACCCACUCAGCCACCGAUGAGCUUGCAGUCCUUGCCAGUGGCCCACAACUUCGUACAUGUGUAAGAGGCAUUUUGCCUCCACCAUGGGCUACAGGAGUGGUAACCUUCUGAUGCUCAUGGGUUUUAAUUUACCUGAGAAGGCACAUGCUGUGUUUAUAUUAAUAUGAGAAAUGCUAACAUCAAUGAAAACUCAUAUACACCACUAGAAUGCCCAGGGUUUGAACAUGUGCUUCCAAGCUUAAACAGGGCAGCAGAUCCAGGUGAACAUCAGUGAGCUAGGUUAUUACAGUUACUUGCAUAAAAAUGAACACCAUAAGUGCCUUCUUGAGUUUAUUAAAAGCAUUCCUAUUUGAACAGGUUACUAUUCCUUUCACCCACAGUGGGAGCAGGUGCCAGAAUCAUUAUUACCAGGACUGCAGGCAAGGUAACUUUCAGCUCAAAGGUGACUGAGAAGAUAUGCUGCCCUGCUUUUAAUUUGGAGGUGAGAGUUCAAUCCCUGGACAACAAAGUGGUGAAUAUUUUGAGUUUUGCACUGCUGAUACAAUUUCCCUAGUGAAUGUAAACAGUGACUGUGCCUUCCCUUCGUUCUGGAGGUGCAGAUACGAUCCUGAGGCACCUUUUUCAUUGUUACAGUUUCUCAAGACUAAUGUGUACGGUUUUCUGCCGGUUUGGCAAAUUCAUUUUAAUGGGGUAGAGGAAACCUGUACUUCUUGUGAAUUUCAUUUAAUGCUAAUAUUUGAUACAGUGAUAGCCCUUUGAUAUAAUGAUCUUAGCUAUAAGUACAAACCAGGUCUCAUACAAUAGGUAUAUAAUUUUCUUGAAUACAGACAGGUUGCCCAGAAGACUCAGCAUUGCUCAUCUUUACUUUCUUUGGGUUUCUGAUUAUAGUGUGACCUAACUUCCAAGUUCCCCUAAAUAUUCUGCAAAAGAAACUGGUGCUUCAGUAAACAUAAUGACUAGUUUUGGUCAGGUUACCAGUGAGAUCUUCAACUACAUUGUGAUUUCUUCACAGUGUCCAGUGUUAAGAGAAUGGUGAGGCAUGUGAGGUGACAUGAGGAUGGGUUUUGUGGUAGGCAGACUUAAAAUUCCUUUUUAGUGGGUUCAUAUUGUGAAGCAUUUUAUGGGUCACACCUGUUCUUACAUAUCUCAUGGGGGCAGAAGUAUUUAUAGAUGACCAGAUGCUUCUGUUGGGGUGAAAUCCUGAUGAGCAGAUUAUUCCUCAGUUGUGAAGCUCUUUAUUUUAUAUAAAAAUUCAAAGAAAGCAUCAUAGCUUCUCAGGAAUCAUCAGCCCACAAAGAUAUUGCCUUUAAAGAAGGAUCUAGUCAUCUCUGAAUACUCCAGUUCUCAUGACUGGUCCUCAUAAGUAUAAAGGUGUGAAUCUAAGAGUGCAUCAUCAAAAUGGAUCCAGAGGAAAUGCCAGUAACCCUUCAGUGCCACCAUAAGUAGAAAUUAAGCUUGAUUUCAGAGAAGCAGGAUUCAAAAUGCUGAAUGACAGUGUGUCAUCUUCAUACUGACAGUCAGUAUGAAUACACUGUAAUUCAAAGACCUCUCCCAACAUUCUACACCUCACUCUGUCUGAUGUUAUUGUACUCCAUCCUGCUCUGGGAAAUGCUUUAAUUUGGCCUCCACUUGGUCCUCUGUCUGCCCUGACUUUUAAAAGUGUUACUUCGAUGUCCAUCUGUUAUCAGUUCUACACAUGAUCUGACCAA